AUGUCAAAUACACCAAAAACUACAAUGAACAACAAUAAUGCUGCUCAACAAGUUAAAUUGAAUGAUGCGGCUGAAGCAUCAAAUUAUUCAAAUUGUUCAGAAAAAAGAUCUUCUGCUGAAGAUAUCAAUACUGAAACAAAGAAAACACGCUUCGAAACUCCAAUUCUGGAACAAAAAACUUCGAUGCCUUCUGCUGCAAGCGCCACGGUACCCAAAUUUGUGAGUGCUGCUACAAUGGCUGCACCAGUUCCCGAAAUUAGUGAUGAAGAACUUCUCAAGUUUACACUCGAAUUCGAACGUAAACAUGGUAUUUAA